AUGGCGGAGAGCCUAUUUUACCGAUUGAAAAAUCCCCACAAGAACUACCUGGAUAAUUUUUCGGAUGAGAAGCUUCAGAUGAUUGGUUUGGGGUAUGAUAGGUUGGUGAGGUUCAUGGACAAGGACGACCCUAAUUUGAAGCACCCAUAUGAUUGGUAUAAAUAUGGCGAAUUCGGGCCCUAUUCCUGGCGGAUCUUUAAGAAACUUCUGUUGGUUUUCUUUGUGGGAUUCUUGGCUUGGGCCUAUCAGGCAAUAAAGCCUCCUCCUCCAAAGAUCUGUGGCUCGAAAGACGGGCCUCCAGUUACAGCUCCAAGAAUUCAGCUCAAGGAUGGAAGGCACUUGGCUUACAAAGAAUUUGGUGUCCCAAAGGAUAAUGCAAAGCACAAGAUUGUGUUUGUCCAUGCCUUGGAUACUUGCAGGCAUGAUGUGUCUGCUAUAACUUCUGGACUCUCGCCGGAUUUUGUUGAAAGUGGAGGGAUCUAUAUCGUUUCAUUCAACAGACCUGGUUAUGGAGAGAGUGAUCCAAACCCUGCCCAAACACUUAGAAGCAUUUCUUCUGACAUCGAGGAGCUUGCUGAUCAGUUGGGAUUAGGAUCCAAAUUUUAUGUUGCUGGAUUCUCCUUGGGUGGCCAGAUUGUGUGGACCUGCCUCAAGCACAUUCCUCACAGGUUGGCAGGAGCAGCUCUGAUUGCACCACCGGUGAAUUAUUGGUGGAAAGGUAUUCCUUCGAACCUCUCUGCAGAAGCAUAUAAGAAGCAGCUUCUUCAGGACGAAUGGGCGCUUCGUGUAGCUCACUAUACUCCGUGGCUUAUCUACUGGUGGAACACCCAAAAGCUGUUUCCUUGUAUGAGUAUUAUUGCUCGCAGCACCAAAGUUCUCUCUCAACAAGACGUAGAACUAAUGCCAAAGAUUCACUCCUUAAAACAAGAGACUGCGGCACAGGUAAGACAGCAAGGUGACUACGAGUCAAUUCACCGCGAUCUGGCAUUUGCCUUUGGGAAGUGGGAAUUCGACCCAACGGAAUUGAGAAACCCCUUUGCAGAAGGGUCAGGCUCUGUUGAUAUUCUGGUCCCUGCCACACUGCAGCGUGAGAUUAACUAUCACGAGGUUCGUGGUGCUGGCCACAAGUUUCUGUACGCUGAUGGAAUAGCUGAUUCGAUCAUACAAGCACUUGUUUCUUAGGAUGCCUGCACCAGGUUAUAUAUACAUAUAUUCUCAUUGUAUCACAUUUAUUACUGCUGCAUCAGUUAGUUAUCUUGUUUCGUCAAGAUGAGUAGAGUGGUCAUCUGUAUGGAGAAUUGCUUGGGAGUAUAUGUAAAAUAUUUCAUCCUACGCUGCAGAUUUCUUUUAAUUAUGGAUUUAGGGUUAUUAGUUUUGGAUGCAUGCACUAUUUUUGUAAAACAAAAGAAAGGAAAAAUGUAUCUCUUGGAUUUUAGCAAAAGAUUUUUUACUUGGAA